AUGCCACUGACACCUCUCCAAAAAUGUUCAAUAAUUUCGCUUGGCAUUGGAAAAGACGUCAAAGCGGAGAGGCGAAUGAAAACCGUUUUAGCAGAAUGCGAAUUCCAUGGUGCUGAUCCAGCUAAAGAAGAUAAUGCUGAACUUUUUUCAGAAGUUGGGACGUUUUACAAUAUGGCUGUUGGCGAUAGAAAUGGAAGUUUCAGAUCGUAUGUUUUGGAAGAUGUGUACAGAUACCAAGAGGUUAUCAUUCCGAAUAUCCGGUUCUUCCCUUUUUUGAAAAAAAACGGAGCCUUGGAAAAUGAAGGAAUUCAUGUUUGUCAGAUCAAUAUCGAAAUGCAUCUGCCUGAUGAAAAGGAGCAAAACCAAUUAUCUAAAUUUCUUCGAAAUAACUUUGUUUCUCGCCAAUGGAUUUUCAUUAACUCGGAAGUUCAUCCAAUUUUAGGUCACAUAAGGCUUUUUAUGAUAAAUGGACGUAUCGAAGAAUGCCGAAGAAGGGUCGUCGAUAAAAUGCCCAAUGAUUUCGGAGUCAUUCUUCUAAAUCAGCACGCUGUUCGGAUGACUCUUAAUUUUCUGUGCAAUACAAAACACUUCGACUCUGUUCACCGGAGAAUCGUGUUUAUUGUAAUGGAUAAAACAUCAGAAGUCAAAUUGAGAAAGCAAUACCCAAAAUUGAACAUUGUGCUUUGGCUAGCUCCAGUUUUACAGACGCCAUUCAAACCGUACGAUGUGACUUACAUGAGUUUUUUCCUAAUGCGAACAAAUAUCAUAAAAGCCUUACAAGCAAUGGGAAAAGGUUUUUGGAUGCUUCAAGCCGAUACCAUAUGGAGGAAAAACUUCUUUGCGGAAAUCGAUGUUGGUCAUUUUAGAAAUUCCGAUAUUUUAUUGGAUCAGCAAGGAUAUUCCGGAACUGCAGAAAUUCGGCAACGAACAAUGAAUGGAGCAAACUUCUAUUUGCCUCCUAAAAAAUCUAGUCAACAACUGGUGGAUUCGUGGUUAGCGUGGCAAAAAUCGGUGUAUAUUACCGAUCCAGAUCUUGUCAAGAUUUUCUGUCUGCGCGAAGACUUUAUCUGCGAUUACAUUCCAUAUAGUUUGGCGGCAGGGUGGGAAUGGAUAUAUGGAGAUCAAAAAAACCCUCCAGUGAUAAUUCAGAUGGAUGGCGAAACCGGAGGGAAUAAGGAAAAAAUACUUGAAAAAUACAAAUUUUGGUUUCUGGAUGAUCAAGACAAUUGCAAACCACAUCGGGUGAAAAAUGCAAUUCAGUUAAUUGAAAAUGGCCGUGUACAACGCGUAGUUUCUCAAUCGAAAUCACGUGAACAAUUUUAUUUGAAAAUCGGCGAAUUGCUAAAUCAAAUGCCUAUUUUUGGUUACUAUUCGUCGAUUUAUGAUGGACUCACAUCACUAUAUUUGCAAUUGUUUUGA